AGGGGCAGGUUAUAUAGCAGUACAGAUUUACUGUCCUCUAAAAAUCUUUAUCAUUCAGAAGUCUUGAAUGACCAAAUAUCUGAUCAUGUCUAAGUUCUAAAUUCAUGGAUGUUUGACGUACAAGCCACAGUGUCCUCAUGUUUUUCCUCCACAUGUAUUUUGACAAACGGAACUGGCUUUUUGUCAGUGCAGACUGAAUGACCCUUCAGACCCCUCAGUGAGCAUGCGCAUAACGCGUGGAAGAAAAGUUCCCAAAUUCUCCAAGUACUGACUGUUACUGAUUCCUGUUUUUUUUUCCUGCUCCUGCGGUUAUCAGUGCCUCUUGUAUGCCGAUGAUGUCGUUAAAGUUCACACCGAUGCGUCGGACGAGAAAAAAAUCGCGCGUUUACUGAAAUAUUCUAAUAAAAACAUGAAUUUCGGCGUUCCAGCGAAUUCGCUCUUGUUGCUUCGUGCUUGCGAUGAGGGCGACUAUGAGAGUGCGAAGAGGAUUCUGGAGCCUGCUGGGAAUGAUUCAGGGAGACAGUCCAAGGCACGACUGGAUUCGGUGUCGGAAUGCGGUGUGGACAUCCCGCGGGGGGGACUGCCGCUUGUCCACGUCGACAGCACGGACGAAGAAGGGAACACGGGUUUACACUUCGCGGCUGCGGGCGGACACGAGCAUUUAGUCCGUUUCUUACUGAGGAAAGGCGCGUCUGUGGAUAGCCGGAAUAAUUAUGGCUGGACGCCGCUAAUGCAGGCAGCGAGGUUUGGCCAUUUGAAUGUGUCUCACAUCUUACUUGAGAAUGGGGCAGAGAUCAAUGGAAGGAAUCGCAUGGGAGCUAGUGUACUUUCUAUGGCAGCCCGAGGGGGCCAUACACAUGUCGCCAAACUCCUUCUUGAACAUGGAGCAUUUGUGGAUGACUUUGACCAUCUUUCUACAGCUGAAAGAAAUGCUAAUGGAAACAACAGUAACCUCAGUGAUAAUGGGAAAAACUUCAUGGAUAUUACAUCUUUAUUGGUUAGUGCUCAGCAGGGUCAUGAGGCUAUGGUCAGACUGCUUUUGGAGUGGGGUGCUGAUGUGAACUUUUCACAGAAGACCACCGGUUGGAGUGCACUAAUGCUAGCCACAUUGAGUGGGAAAGCUAGUAUAGCUCAGCAGCUGGUAGAGAGAGGUGCUGACCCUGAUCACCUUAAUGUUCUGUCCAAAACAGCUUUUGAAGUGGCAAUGCAUCUUAAGCAAAAAGAGGUAAAGAGCUAUUUGGAUUCCAUCACGACAGUUCGUCCACAACCAGAUGAUGAGAAGAAAAGGCCGGAUGUUUUCAGUGCUCUAAAGCUAGGAAAUGCCCAACUGGUGAAGGAAAUACUAGAGGAGGAUCCAUCACAGGUGAACAUGGCAAAUGCAGAUGGGGCGUCACCUUUAAUGAUAGCAGCUGUGAGCGGACUGUUGGAAGUGGUGCAGCUUCUGGUUGAAAGGAAUGCAGACAUAGACAAACAGGAUGGCGUACAUGGCUGGACAGCACUUAUGCAGGCAACAUAUCAUGGAAAUAAGGAUGUGGUGAAAUAUCUGCUGAGUCAGGGAGCUGAUGUAAACCUAAGGGCCAAAAAUGGAUACACAGCCUUUGACUUAGUCAUGCUGCUUAAUGACCCAGACACUGAAUUAGUGAGACUGUUAGCUGCUGUGUGCAUGAUGGUGGAUAAAGACAAGAGCAGGCAUAGAGACAAGAUCUCCACCAAGAAACAUCUUCCUUCCAAUGUACUUGUACCACCAGAUGAUAAAGGAGGCCUAAAGUCCUGGUGGAAUCGCAUGUCCAAUCGCUUUCGUAGACUGAAGCUAACACACACACUAAGGCAUGGGCUCCCUUCCAAUCGCUUAGCUCCAUUCCAUGAUAACCCAGGGGUUUUGCUGGAUGCUACAAUGAAAGCAGAGAACAGAACAGACAACAGCUCUGAACCAAGUGGUACAAUGGUUUCUCCUGCUGGAGCACAUAUAGAUGAUCUCACCAUUGCAUGGACGGAUAAGAACAAAGAAAGCGGUCUUGGAAGAAACAGCAGUGACAAAGAUGACUUUCUCAUUACCACAAUGCUGAGAAAUGGUGCACCUCUGACUCGCUUACCCAACGACAAGCUUAAAGCCGUUAUUCCACCCUUCCUACCUCCAUCUAACUUUGAACCAUGGAACUCAGACCGCUCAAGGGUUUUAAAAGAGGGAGGCAAAACAAGUGAACAGUCUCGUUUGACUAUGCCCCAAAGACCAAGCAAAGCCAACUUCAACACCAGUGGAAAUUCUGAUAUUACAUCCAUAAGUCGAGUAGUGAGCAGAUCCAUGAAGUUCCCCAGUAUCAGUAAGGUCCCAUCCUCCUCCCCCUCCAACUCGGGCAACUAUAACUCACCUCAUUCAUCAGGGGGUUCCAACGGAGUAGGAGGGGUCAACCGUCAUACAUCAGACUUGCACAACCGUUCAGGAGGUAGUGCAGCUGACAGCGUACUGUCUCAAAUCGCUGCUCAGAGGAAGAGGGCCGCAGGCCUGCUUGAUGUCAAAGCACCAACCCAAGAGGCAUCAACUGCUACACCCCUGCCCACCGUGCCUGAUGUUAGCCUGCCCAACAUUCAAAGCAACCAAAGUCUGGUGACAAGUGAAUUGCAUUCCAGAUGGAAGGUUGAUCUAAAGAAGAGGCCGCAGUCUGGGAAUUCCUCCACAUCCAAGAGUACAUCCCCAACCCUGACCCCGUCGCCAUCCCCAACUCCUAAACCACUCAUUGGUGAAACCCUAUCUUCUGCUUCCUCCCAGCCAUGUUCUAAGAGUAGUGGUGGAUCCAGCAGUGGCACCAUCACUGAUGAAGAUGAACUUUCUGGUAUACUGAAAAAACUUUCCCUGGAGAAAUAUCAGCCAAUAUUUGAAGAACAGGAGGUAGACAUGGAGGCCUUUUUGACUCUGACUGACAGAGAUCUGCAGGAGCUGGGGAUUAAAACUGAUGGGCCCAGGCAACAGAUUCUGGCUGCAAUUUCUGAACUAAAUGCUGGAAAGGGAAGAGAAAGACAGAUAUUGCAGGAAACUAUUCACAAUUUCCAGUCUUCUUUUGGGAGUAGUGCAAGUAACCAGCACCCUGCAGUUUGGCCAAGACAUCAGCUGCACACCCUGAACAAAAGGUAACACUUUUGGCCAGACGAGGGAUUGGAGAUCGGUGCCUUCUAACUUUGAAGUUCAAGAAACUCUAAAGUUCAAAUUCAGACGAGCUGCUGGAGAACCACCUCCAAGACAAAGAAUAUCAUCAUUAAAACAAAUAACAUAAUUCUACAAAAAGCAAAAGAGAAAUUGCAAAGGACCUCACACAUUAAUCUGCAUAAGCAGACUAGUUUUAGUAUAAUACAUACAUGCACUGACGUUAGGUCAUAAAGCUGCGAUGGCACGAGGUAAAAGGUCAUAAUAGGGAAUGCUUAUACAAUACUAGACUGUUAUUGAUAAUGUUUAGGUACUUUCUUUUGUAUUUAUGCCUCUCUUUUUUGUUUAGUUUUUUUUAUGAUGUGUGCAUUUUUCGGGAUUUAUUUGAAUAUUGUUCAACCAUUGGCUUUGUGUACAGCCAAGUUGGGUCAUGAUUUCUCAGAUAAUCAAAAAGUUUCUGCCAAAAUGAACUUGAGUGUGAAUGAAUAUUACAAGCUUGCCAGGGCAACUUGCAACAGUUUAAUAAACUUUAUCUGAUUUA